AGUAACACGGGCGCAUGUACAGGUGUGUGUUGGAUGUGUACAGAAAUGUUUAAGAUGUCGUACUCGAAUGAAAGUGUGUGUAUCUUGGCAUCACAUGGAAAUACAUAAUUAAAUAGGAGUUCAACAAGUGAAAUAUUGGAAAUUUGAGUGGAGACGAAUGGAAGGCUUAAUACACAUUCGCUACGAAGCUAACAGGAAGUGCUGACUCAAUGAUCGAAGUUGUUCAUGCAACUAAAUGAGGGAGAAUGCGGGACUCUUAUCAUAUAAAUAGGAGACUUGAGUGGAAACGAAAGGAAGGCCUGAUACCCUUUCGCUAUGAAGCUAAAAGGAAGUGCUGACUCAGUGAUCGAAUUUUUCAUGCAAGUAAAUGAGCGGAUAUAUGUGACGACCUUCCGGUAUGGCCUGUGAGGAAGAACUGACAACUUUACUCCUCCAUAUUGGAGAGGAUCUUGUUGAAGGAAAUGUGAGAGAACUACUUUAUCUGAUUGGAGACGGUAUACCUAAAUCUGAGAAGGAGCGGAUUUCAACUGGAAGAGAGUUGAUGGACAUGUUAAUAAAGAAGCAUCUUGUCGAUAGUAAUCGACUGGAACGCUUAAAAUCACUCUUGUCAGGUAUUGAUCGGGAGGAUCUGAAAGUUCAGCUGGAACCUUUUGAGCAGAAAAUUAAAAGCAUCAAUACAGCUAAGCACAGCUUGACACUAAAUGGACUGGUACCCAACUUUAUUAAGACUUCGCAAUGCAUUGAAGUCGAAGAACGUUUGAAAAAUGAACAACUGGCCAUCCUUACAGGAAUAUCUGCUUCGGGAAAAUCCCAAAUCUGCAUUUGGUAUGCCUCAGAAUUUCAAAAGAAUGCUAAGCACACAGCAUACAAACUCAUGUGCCAGAAUGAAGAUGACCUGCUAACGAGCAUGAGAAGUUUCCUGGAAUUCUUGGGGAUGAAAUUUGAACGACAGAAAGAAGCAAAAGAUGUCUACAUUAAACACAUGGCGGAAGUUGUAAAGUCGUUGACUGAAAGUGGAAACAAGACUGGGCAACACUACCUUUUCAUCUUUGAUGACGUCACUGAAACAACGUGUAAAGUAGUCGAACUCAUCAUCCAUUCUUUUCGUGAAGCGCAAAACGUGAAAAUAAUAUGCUCAACCAGCUACUCAAAGUUCUAUGAGCAGUGUACUGAAAGGAAUGUUUUUGUGAAAGUAAAAGGAGUUUCACAAGCUGAGGCCUUGCAGUUCUUUAAGGAGCACGUUAAGAUGAACAACUCCCAAGAUAACAUUCAGGCCUUAGCUAUCAAAAUGGGAUAUCUUCCAUAUGGCUUAGUUCUCGCCAACUCCUAUAUUUUCACAACUGGGGUGUCAGUGAAGAAGUACGUAGAACUACUGACGAGAAAGGACUUUCUCAGAAAAGUUGAACAGUUGACAGCAGGCACGGCGCAGGAAUACGACAAAGGUCUUGUAUCAGCACAGAUGCUGACCGUUGAUAAAGUGGAAUCGUCGUCAGUACAUAUUAAAUCACUGCUGAAUUUCAUACCUUUUCUCCACCACAACGAAAUUCCAACAAGGCUCCUGAGAAAACUACUUCCAGAAAACAUUGAUGACAGAGACAAAGACAUUGUUAUCUUAGACUUUAUAGCAAACGUUAAGAAGUACUGUAUUGGUGAAAUUGAGUCAACUGACCAGACAGAGACCAUCUCUAUUCAUGCAGUAACAGCUUUGGUCUUAGAACAUCGGUUGCCCUUAGAAGAACAGGAAUCUUCCAUUAAGGCAUUGCUCUGCUUCUUUUGCAAAAAUAUCAGUAUAGAUUGCAGACUUCAUCUCACUUUUACAAGCAACAUGGAAUUCCAACCUCAUGCUUCCAAAGCUGCAUUACGAGCUGUUGAGAUGGAAUCAUCCAAAACAAAGGACUGCACGUUUCUCCUAUGCGCUCUUCACGCUGCCAUUGGGGUGACUUUUCGAGUCGGCGGUGUAGAGAGCCUGUUAGCAGACGAGAAUCUGAACAAAGCAAAGGCGCUUUGUUUUCAGCUCAUCAAUGAAAAUGACCCCGAAUCAUACAUGCUUACAGCAGAAGAGCGCGAUUCACUGGAAAACACAGAAUAUGUUGAUGAAAGUAAGAAAACAUUUCGCCGUGAAGACUUGUUUCAAGUAUUUCUUCAGGAGACAAUGAAAAACGAGCAGAAGGGAAUGACUAGUCGAAAAACAGAGCUAGAAAAUGAACGAGAAAAAUGUCGUCAAAAUGCUAGAGCAAAGGAUUCUAAAGCAGAAACGUUGUACAAGCGUCUUGUCGAAGUUCCGCAACAACUUACAAAGGGCUUUAUAGCUGACAUUGUUUUAAAAACAGAGAGAAGUGAACCUGACUUAGCGCAUCUGGUAGAAGUUGCUGGUUUUACUGGAACACUGAAAGAGGUGGAUGAGCGUAAGCGAGGUCGACUGAGCAAGGAACUUUAUGAUAAGUUACUCACACAAAACCUAGCGAUAAACCGCGAUCAGCUAGGCUCAAUAUGCGUGGUUGAAUUGAUGGUGAUAAUACUAUACAAUAACGGCAGACACCAUUACUAUCAAUGUCAAUCAGAGCAACAGCUAUUUCUUGUGUGCUGGAAUGAGCUCAGACUUGCGUAUUUGCUCGGCGAGUUAUUGCAAGAGCACUAUUCAGACUUUCCCUCUGUUCAAAGUCUCAUCACUAGGAGAAACGGCAUUUUGUAUCAUUGUCUGCUGAGUAAUCAACAGACCAAUGAAUCAGGAGAAGAGAGUGGUAUUGUCCUGGACAAAAUCAUUCGCCAAUAUGAAAAGAUGUUGGGCGCUGAAAAAUCUGAAAAAUACUUUGAGUACGGAAUCAUCAAAGUGAGUCAUCACCAACGUCUACAUCAUGACGCCAUGUGCUUGAAGCUCCUUCUCAAGUGUUACACUAACCGGAUGAAAGACGGUCCCGAAAAAGAUCAGCAUUAUGAGGAUGGUAAGAAACAUGCCAAUAAACUGGAAGAACUUCUAAAAGAUAAACGCAUGUGCCGGUGGCUGGCUGUUCCAGGAUUUCAUGUCCAAAUAGCACGAUUCUUCUUUGAACAUGAAAUGGAAAAGGCAAUCAUACAUUUUAAGCGUGCUGUUGAGCUGGAAGAAGAGUAUAGUUUACAAAGGUUGUCACAUUUCAAACUCCAAGGUCAAUUCGGACUCAUCGAGUGUUACCUAAGUCGUAAAGAAGGUUCUGAUCUCGAGGACGCCCGAGGCAUUUGUGAACUGCUAAAACGUUCCCUCCACGAAUCUAACUUCCAAAGAAGUUAUCAUAAAGUAGUCAAGUACUUGGAAGAUAUCAGUAAUCAUCAGAGGGAUAUCAAUACAGGCAUGGGAGAGUCAACAUUGACAUCCAAGAGAAAUUUAUCCCACGAGAACCAAACCAUCAUAUAUGAGAGAGCUAGCAAGAGAAAACCGGACGCCUGGAAAUAUCUGCAGAAGAGCAAUGAUUUAUAGAUUCACCUAGCUAUCUCAUAGAUAUACCAAAUAUCGAUACAUAAUACUGAGAAACCAUUGAACACCGAGCAGGAAUUGACAAUUAUUGUGACGAGUAUUAGAGUAUAAAGAUAAGAACUAUUUUCAAAACUAUUAUAACUAGCAAGUAUUGGCGAAUGUUUUGACGAGUAUUAGAGCAUAAAGAUAAGAACUAUUAUCAAAACUGUCAUAACUAUCAAGAAUUGACAAUUGUUUGGACGAGUAUUAGUGAACAAAUACAAAAAACACCAAAAAGGAUUAGAAAAAAUGAUAGGUAUGGUGUGAAAAAGUCUUUACUCUUAGGGGAAAUUUUGAAUCAGGCCCUUUUCAUCACAAGUCCUCACCACAAUUGUAUCUGAAAUGAUUAUUUACUACCUAUACUCAUUUUUUAAGCAAUUAGAGUGUGGAAUUUGGCCAUCGAAAUUAUUCUGUAAUACAAAAGCGAUUUUUUUUUUCGUAUUGAACUGCAGAGAAGGUUAAUGUGUGUGCUUGCUUCUUUCUGUUUUGUUACUUUUAUACUUUGAAUGCCUCACUCCCUAUCAAGGUGUUAAUGAUACAAUAUUCUGCCGUUUGUAGUUUGUGCGUGCAUAUUUGAUGAAUAUUUUAGUUUAAUGCCAUAUAUUGAGAUUUUUGUUUAGUACAACAUAUUACACAACGGUACUAAAUUACAACUCAAUGUUGUAAAAAGCAAUAUAAGACUAUCAAAGUUAGUUAAUUGAACAAUCGGUUUAAAUGCUUUUUCGCGAACUAAAUGUGUGAAAUAAUAAUUCUUUAUAUGUAGCGUAGUCACAUAAUAAAAUUUGAUGCCAUAGCAUUAAAUGUUCGGAAGGGUCGUAAGUGCCACCGAAAUCGUUUUAUAUCAAAUUCUGAAUAAAAACACAAUAUUACACCUACUGACACAAAUUCUGGAACUGAAUACGACGUCACAGUAGUAAAAGGUCGAACUGACAUAUUUUUAUUACGUUAUGGUGCGUUAUGGAAAAAUGGUAUUUCAUGAAGUGAAAGUGGUUGUAUCCGUCACUAACCACCUUUGAUACAAAAAAUAUUUCUUAGCAUUAAUAAAUCGUAUGUAGCAAAUGCGACCCACUUUUCAGCAAUGAAAUGAAAUAAUAGUUUUGUCAAAUAUUAUAGCUGCAUGCUCUUGUCAUUUAUAACUUUUUAUGUCAAUCCCAUUAAUUAGAUUUAUUCAUGAGGUGGAAAUUAUCAAAAUAAUAAGUCAAAGUUGUGUGUUGUUGCUAAAUACACUUAUGCAGACAUAUCAAAAUUUUGAUAUAUAAGUGACAUUCACAUUAUAAAAAAAACAACCACUUUCAUUGAGAAUAUCUCAAAACAGAAAAUAUUGCGGUUUUAAAAUGGAUGUUAAAAUAUGUGACAUAUUUUCUCCUCGUUACUAUUACGUAAAAUAAUGUCAGUGGAACGACUCCACGAUGCGCUUAGUGUACAUGAUAAAAACUGUCGACGUUCAUUUCGAACAAAAAAUAAUUGUUCUUAUAUAUAUAUUUAUCUCACUUUUAAAAUUUAAUAUUCAAUCUAUAAUUCCGACUUACUAACUGUGCUGAUAUGAACAGCUAUAUCUGCAAAUAUUUUAUAUAUUUCAGACGCUUUUAUGAAAAAUAGAAUGUCUAACCCCCUAGGGGAAUCUCAGCCGGCUGUUUGGCAACUUCUGAAUCUUUCCCCGAAGGUUUCUAUUCCCAAUCUCACCUGUAGGGGGGAAAUGCUAUUUUUUCUCUUUACCUGUUAACUCAUCGUGUAUCUUAUACAUUAUGUAAUGUUAACGUUACAGGCUAAAUUCACGGUUGACGUGACGUUAAUGUAUUGUUGACGUGACGUCAUUGCUUUGUUGUCUUGCAUAAUAUCAUACAAUUGUUAUGAAUGGGGUAAUCCCCCAUCUCAACCAUAGGGUAGAAUAAGGAUUUCCUUUAACCUGGACAGUUGUAUCCACAUUUUUAACGGUGUAAGAUAUCCUUUUCUCCCACCUUUCACAGUUGUGUCUCCCAUUUUAGCCGGGAAAGUUCAGCUUGUCACCCCCUAGGAAGAGAUAGACUUUGUGUUGAUUAGCACGUGUACCACUGGUAAUUGUGACGCCAUUAAAACUGAAUGACGAUAUUCAUACCCCACAUGUAUUUUUGUUUACAAACAGACUGAAAUAAUAGUAUGGAGAAAAAUAAU